AUGUACGGCGACGACGACGUCGUCAGCAGUAUCAUCGAGGCGAAGGUGAUGCUGGAUCUCAGCCACACCUCGCAAGAGCAGCAACGGGAUGAGAUGAAGUACAAGUUUGAUGCUGAUAUCGAUCCCUCCGCAGAGGUGGCAGAUAUCUUUGCUGGUGCUUCUGAGAUGUCUGCUGCGAGCUCUUCCUGGCAGCCAAUGAUUAAGCUUCCCAGCAACGGCAGUGUAGCAUCUGUUGAGGAUGCCCCGGCCAAGGGUAAAGGCAAGAACAAGGGCAAAAAAGAAAAGCAGGGGCAGCUUGUUCGCAUCUGGCUUUUGAGAUUGCAUUGGACCACAAUGCCUACGGAUGUUUGGGAGGCCGCCAAGUUCAUCCGACCUCGCUUGCUCUCGAAGCUGGGUGAUGCAAAGCUUUGGCCCGUUAAGCUGAGCGCCUACAAGCACCAAGACUCCCUGAGACCCUUGGACAUGUUGAUGUGUGCCCGCGAGGUUGUGCCCGACGACCAGAUCGACGCCGCCAACCGCCUGGCCGUGCACAGGAUGGAGCUGUAUGACGAGGAUCAUUUCACGCCCACCAAUGUGACUAAGCAGAAGAAGGAGAAGACUGAGAAGACCGGCAAGGGAAAUGCUCUUGAGGACUAA